AGCGCAGCGCAGCGCAGCGCAGCGUUCAGCACGUAUAUAUGUAAUCCGGCGACUUUAACGCGGCCGCGAUCCCGUCAUUCCCGUCCCGGUAUUACACCGGCGCGGCGCCGCCGGUCUCCAAAGAGCCGAAAGAAAGGGAAAGUCCGCCGUAGAGCCGUAGACCGGCCGCGAACUUUAAGCGCUCUCAGUCCACGGAAAGCGAGCGUGCGCCUGCUCGCGUCGCGCGAACUCAUCUCGUGCGUGGUCCGCUUUUUAAGCGACCGAGGAGCAACGGCGUAGUUUUAGCUAUCGUGGACCAAAAAAUUAACGGAGUGCGCGUGUGCGUGCGUGCGUGCGUGCGUCGUGCGUGCGUGCAUGCGUAUGCCAACCGUGCCAACUCGCAAGCUUCGGAGUCGUAUCCGCGGCGCAUGUCCGCUGUCCGCGUCGUGACGCUCGUCCAUCUCACAAUCAGAUGCAUCCCUCGGAUGCACGCGCCGCGAGAGGAUAAAGGGCGCGUCGCGAUCUUGCCUGAUGCGACGCGGUCUGCCGCGAAUGCCGCGAUGUGGAGCUUGGAACUUGGAAGCUAUCGGGAUAGCGGAAGAAGAAACCUAUCAUCAGAUGGACGACGAGCGUGCUUGCCCAAGCUUUGAUAAACGCUCCAGUUUGAGAAGCGCAUCCCUCGGAAUGUACCGACGAUGAAAGACCGAGUAUGAUCGGGGAGUGCUUUACCUUCGUAAAACCGGAUAGCUCGGAACACUCACGAGUGCCUCGCUCCCACUCGUGUUUUUAUGCUCGUGUGCUCGACCUCUUGACCGGCGGAGGAUCAUAAUGCUAGAGCCGGUUCUGGGAACGUUGUCGAUCUGGUGGUUGGUGGUGUACGCCAACAUUUUGCUGCUGCUGUCGCCGUUGGUGUUGCUGAUGAUCGUCUUCCUUCCGAAUUUCCCGAUCUUGCUGCUGCGGCGAAUCUGUUACAUACCGAUCGAGUCGAUCUGACCCAGAUUAAAUCGUCGAUCGAUUUUUUGGUCGGCGAUUUAUUGGAUGUCACGUUAGCUGUUAUAGGUGUGUGUGUGUGAUGCGCGGAUGCGGCCGACGUUACGUUAUCUUAUUAUCGUACCUGGAACAAUUUAUAACGUAGCGUGUAUAGAAUAAGUAACGUUGCGUGCCACUCGAGAACAAUCAAAAUGAAUGCUCGAGCAAUCGCGAACUUUAGGCGAUUUAGGCUGAGAUUUCAGUUGCUCACGUAGUUUUAAAUAUUCGUGCAUGCGUUCUAGUUACAAUUUGUAAUGACAGUGCGUUUAAUACUUGCGUUACGAUGCUGCGAUUGCUGCGAAUGUAAACCGAGCUGAAAAGUUUGAUUUUGUCGUCGUAGUUAUCAGGUGUAUUGACAUAGGCUUGUACCACGAAAGCGAUACGACGCGCGUUCGGCAAACAAAGAAUAAUGCGAAUUGCGAGGCGUCAUGAUUGCACCUCGAGAGUCUCGCGUGCCUGCGCUUCCACACGUAGGUAUAUAUGCUGAUGUUCAAGCGCGUUGACUUAUCAAGCUAUAUGCACGAUGAAUUCCAACGAGACGCUUUUCUUUCUCGAAUCCACGUGUCGCGCGCGAGAGCGAUACGCACGCACGCGGAAUUUUGGAUGUUUUUACGACGAUUUAUAUAAAAAUUCUUUCGCAAGUGUACCAGCAUCUCGUCGCUCGUUUUUCGCACACUCGUACGUUAGUAACUACAACGGUAAACACGUAACGGGACGCUUUUAUCAAACAAGAGAAAUCAAAAUUGCGGAAUUUUAUUUUAAACGCACACGCGCACGCAUACGUAUAUAUCCUCAAAAGUUUCCCCAAGAGAAACUAAAUUUCGUCCAAAUGUAAUUUGUUAAUAAUGAUCGCGCUUGGAUAAUUAUUGUAUAAUAUUUCGUAAUAAAUUGGCAUUACGCGUUGUGCAAAAGGAGACAUUGUUAUUGUGCAUUUCUAAAUAGUAUAUAUACCUUUUUGUCACAUACAUUUACGUGUGUGUCGCUCAAGGACAAGUGCUCAAGUGCACGUAGCAGUUAUCAUAAAGGUCUGUAAUUAGAAGGCAAAUUGAGGUACCCAAGGUGAACUACUUUGAGAGACGGACGAAAUCGAUGCAUUAUUACCGAGUUAUUUAUGAACUUGUAACUGGUAGCUGGAAAGUCGGGGAUGAUUAGUACGUGCCACUUUGUCUUCUGAUUGAAUAUACCUCGCAGAUAACAGCUCGGGAAAAUAAAACUCAGCAUUCAUUAUUAUGUCAGAAAUAAUCGACUGUAUAGAUAUUAAAAUAUAGAGUUUUUAUUUUUUAAUCGUCUACUUGAUCGUACUAAUAUUAUAGUGAUAAUAACGCGUACCAGCGAUAAUAAUGGUCAAGAAACCUCGCAAAUUUGACACAAUCAAAAAUAUAGAUCAAUUAAAGUUCUCUGUCUCAUCUUUUCUUCAUAAUCGGGCGUAGCCUCGGGCGUAGCGAAAGGGUCUGGAUUAAAGGUAUUUAUAUUAAAUAUAAUCGUGCGUUUCACACAAUUAUGUAAGAAUGGCGUGUCUGCUAUCUGAACAUUAAAUCAUCCGUGUAGGUGAAUUUCAGAAGCGACUUCCUUGAAGACGUGCAUGUUCUCCGCGGGCAAGCCUUCGCGCGUACGCUGCACUCGAUCGCAUCGGCGAAAGAGGCGUAUCGCAAACGGCUGUCCUUCUACAGUUCUACCGGCUGUGAUAUAGGCUGGUCCGAAGUUGGACAUUAUAGUAGCGAUCGGAGAGUACUUUCGCCGAGAGUCGCCCGUAGUGGGGGAGGUGGGACUUGAACCCUGGGACCCCAUGGGCCAUAUAUACUACGGGCCCAUGCAGCGCUCUUGCUACUUGUGGUGUCAGCUUCUCGCGGAUUCCCCGCCGUACAGGAAACGCGUAGGAGAGAGAAGCUGAUAAGCGCAACGCGAAAAGAUGAAGCUGCUGAUCUUGUGCGUGUUGACUACUGUCGCGUUUGCCGCGCCGGGUCUCCUCAAGGUACCAAAGGUGUACAACGCCGUGAUCACGAGCAAUCAGAAUCUGUCGCCGUCGCGAGCGUUCCCUGUGAUACAACCGAUCAUCCAUCGAACCGCCGUCGGAUACGUGCCGCCGUUCUAUUACACGCAGAUAUCGCCUCAUUUUGCCGGGCCGGAAGUGGUCCAUUAUCCGCUGCUCGCCGCCGAUGGUAAGGCGGCCGUAGCCGGGAAUGAUCAAACGCAGGCCUCUUCUUCAACGUCGCGUCUAGCCGAGUCGACGAGCUUCGGUGUCGCGAAGGACCGCGAAGACGCGGCCACCGAUCACGCAAAGGAGAACGAUCCGAAGAACGGCGAUACGAGGGAUUCGGCGAAGAAGAAGGAGCAGGUGCCGUUGAGCUUCUACCCGAACUAUCAUUCCUUCUACUACGAACCGUACAUCUACACGUACAAUGGCUUCAAUCCGCAUCUCGUGCCUGGCACUUACUACAUCGAUUACCAGCCUUACGAGUCCCUGGAACCGAUUCCGGCUACCACGCCGAGGAACGCCGAUUCCGGCCACCUGUUACCGAGCUUCCACGACGAGAAAACAGCCUCCACGAAGAACGAUAGAGAAAAAAUACCGGAUGUCCCGCCGCCACCUCUUCCGACCUCUAUACCGAAGAGAUCUUGAGCGUUGUGAAAGUAUUUCGAAAUAAUAGUGAUAAAU